AUGGACACGGCUCACACGCACAUCGACAUACAGAGACAACUCUUCGCCCGCUCUGAGCGAGUGAAGGGCAUCGACUUCCAUCCUACCGAGCCAUGGAUCCUCACAACCCUCUACAGCGGCCAUGUAUACAUCUGGUCGUACGAGACACAAGCCAUCGUCAAGACAUUCGAACUCACCGAUGUACCUGUACGAGCUGGUCGCUUCAUUGCGCGCAAAAACUGGAUCGUUUGCGGCUCCGAUGACUUCCAAUUACGCGUCUACAACUACAACACUUCCGAGAAGAUUACCUCGUUCGAGGCACACCCCGACUACAUCCGUGCGAUAGUCGUCCACCCCACACAGCCCUUCGUGCUGACCGCCUCGGAUGACAUGACAAUCAAGCUUUGGGACUGGGAGAGAGGAUGGAAAUGCGUGCAGAUCUUCGAGGGCCACAGCCACUAUGUUAUGGGUCUGGCCAUCAACCCCAAGGACACAAACACCUUCGCUUCGGCUUGUUUGGACCGCACCGUCAAGAUCUGGAGUCUGGGCUCAAGCACCGCAAACUACACCCUCGAUGCACAUGACACUAAGGGUGUAAACCACGUCGACUACUACCCUCAGUCCGACAAGCCUUACUUGCUUACCACCUCGGACGACCGCACUGUCAAGAUUUGGGACUACACCACAAAGGCUCUGAUCGCAACCCUCGAGGGUCACACCAGCAACGUUUCUUUCGCCUGCUACCAUCCCGAGUUGCCCGUCAUCAUCUCCGGUUCCGAGGAUGGCACCGUCAAGAUCUGGCACGCAAACACAUACCGUCUGGAACAGUCCCUCAACUAUGGUCUAGAACGUGCAUGGUGUGUCAGCUACCAGCGCAGCCGCCAAGGUAUUGCUAUGGGUUUCGAUGAUGGUGCUGUCGUUGUCAAGAUGGGUCGUGAAGAGCCCGCUGUAUCCAUGGACAACUCUGGAAAGAUCAUCUGGGCCCGUCACAACGAUAUCCUGACUGCUGUUAUCAANGGGGGAGACAAAUCUUUGACAGAUGGCUCCCCUCUUACUCUGCCCUCAAAGGACCUUGGCUCUACCGAAAUCUANCCCCAGACUCUCAUUCACUCUCCCAACGGUCGUUUCGUCGCUGUCUGUGGAGACGGCGAAUACAUCAUCUACACCGCUCUUAUCCUGAGAAACCAGGCCUUUGGCUCUGCUCUUGACUUUGCUUGGGGAUCCAAGGAGAACGACAAGGAUUAUGCUAUCCGCGAGUCUUCCAUGUCUGUCAAGACUUUCCGCAACUUUAAGGAGAAGGCAGUUCUUGACAUUGGUUUCCAAGCAGAAGGUCUCAGCGGUGGUGUUCUGCUCGGUGUUAAGGGUCAGGGUGGUGUUGGCUUCUUUGACUGGGAGACAGGUCAGCUUGUCCGCAGAAUUGAGGUCGACCCCAAGAACGUAAGUUUUUGUUUACAUGUGAUUUACUCGGGAGCUAACACUUUGCUCAGNGUUUACUGGUCAGAAAGCGGCGAGCUUGUCACUCUUGCUUGCGAAGACACAUUCUACGUUCUUCGCUUCUCUCGCGAGGAGUACCAGAACGCUCUUCAAGCAGGAGAGGCUGACGAGGAUGGCGUCGAGGCCGCCUUCGAGGUCGUCACUGAUGUCAACGAGAGUGUCCGCACUGGUCAAUGGGUCGGUGACUGCUUCGUCUACACUAACAGCACUAACCGCCUGAACUACCUUGUUGGUGACCAAACUUACACCAUCUCACACUUCGACUCUCCCCACUACGUUCUUGGUUACAUCCCUCGCGAUGGCCGUGUUUACAUUGCCGACAAGGAUGUCCAGAUCGUCUCCUUUGCUCUCUCGCUGUCAGUCAUUGAGUACCAAACGCUUGUCUUGCGCGGUGAUCUUGAUGCCGCCAAUGAGAUGCUCGCCGAUAUCCCUGAAGACCAAAAGUCGAAGAUUGCUCGCUUCCUUGAAGGCCAAGGUUACAAGGAGCAAGCCUUGGAGGUCGCUACCGAUUCUGAGCACCGUUUCGAUCUUGCACUCAGCUUGAACCAAUUGGACAUUGCUCUCGAGCUCGCUCGUGAGGCCGAUGUCGAGCACAAGUGGAAGACUGUCGGUGAUGCCGCACUCACAACCUGGAACAUGCGCCUUGCAGAGGAAUGCUUCACACACGCAAAGGACAUGGGCAGUUUGCUCCUACUCUACACCUCAAGUUGCAACGAGGCUGGUUUGAGAAGACUGGCCCAACAGGCCGACGAUGCUGGCGCUCGUAACGUGGCUUUCAGCUGCUUGUGGCAGGUCGGCGACUUGAACGCAUGUAUCGACCUCCUGGUCCGUACCGACCGUACCGCCGAGGCCGUUCUCUUCGCUCAAACCUACCUCCCCAGCCGGGCACCAGAGAUUGCCAAGCUAUGGAAGCAAGGACUCGAGUCAAAUGGCAAGGCCAAGGUUGCCAGACUAUUGGGUGUACCGCCUACCGAUGGCGAGGGCGAUGCGGACCUUUUCCCCGAGUGGGACUCAUAUCUCCAGCUUGAGAAGGAUGGAGGCAGCAAAAGCCAUGACUUGAUUGAUGUCGGCGAUGAUGAAGAAGCCGAGGCAGAAGCAGAGGAGGAAGAAGAAGAAGAAGAAGAAGAAGAAGAAGAGGAGACUGCGGAAGAGGGUGUAGAGACCGAGGAAGCAGAGGCAAAUGCAGCACCCGUCGCAGCAGACGAGGCUGACGAGCCAGCAUCACCGCAAACAGAUACAGAGGUUUAG